GUAUAGCUCCCCGCACCGUGAUCGAGCAAGCGGGGCACAGGCAAUGAACAUCUCCGCUGUUGAUGCGUAACUGAAUAUCUAACGUCUAACGUAAAACUACCACGGUGUUUUACUAAACGUUUUCUGUUAAGUAGGCCUAUCCACGGGCCUAUCCCUAACAGAGAAUCUGUAAACGCGCAUGCGUAGGGUUUGUUGUUGAGGAAAUGGCUCUCCACACUCUGCUCCACCGCCUCCGCUCCGGUCUGCUGCCCAGAGCGCGGUUCUUCUACGGGUCCUCCCCGGCCCCGAGACGCCCGCUGUCCGAGCAAGCACCCGGUAAAGAUGCACCGUCCACUGGGGUCCCAGAGACUGUGGGGGACCAUCUGAUCUACACACACGAGCACCUGGCUCUCAAGAAGUCUCUGCGAAAGAUCAUUGACCAGGAGAUCAACCCGUAUGUGGACCAGUGGGAGGCAGAGGGCAUUUUUCCAGCCCACAAAGUCUUUAAGAUUCUGGGGAACACUGGGUUCCUGGGAGUGAACAAACCAGUGGAGUAUGGAGGGCUUGGGCUGGACUUCAGCUACAGUAUGGCUGUUUCAGAGGAGCUCGGACACAUCCGCUGUGGAGGCGUUCCCAUGGCGAUUGGGGUACAAACCGAUAUGGCUACACCCGCCUUGGCCAGGUUUGGCUCUGAGGCCCUGAAGAAGGAGUUUCUGCUGCCGUCUGUCCUGGGGGACAAGGUGGCCUGCCUGGGCGUGAGCGAGGGUGGAGCUGGCUCCGAUGUGUCCAGCAUCAGGACAAAAGCUGUGAGGAAAGGAGACGAGUACGUCAUCAACGGAGGCAAAAUGUGGACCACAAACGGCACCCAGGCAGACUGGAUGUGUCUGCUCGCCAAUACCAGUGACGGGCCACCCCACAAGAACAAGUCCCUCAUCUGCCUGCCCAUGAACCUGCCAGGGGUACACAUUGCCCGCUCCAUCAGUAAAAUGGGCAUGUGGUCAUCAGACACGGCGGAGGUGUUCUUGGAUGAUGUCCGUGUGCCUUGCUCUAACGUGAUUGGUCAGGAGGGCCUGGGCUUCACCUAUCAGAUGCUCCAGUUUCAGGAAGAGCGUCUCUGGGCUGUGGCCAACAUCAUGACCGCCAUGGACAAUGUCAUCCAGGAGACGGUGGCGUACACGCAGCAGAGGAAGGUGUUCGGUCAUCCUGUGCUCUCUCAUCAGGCCGUGCACUUCAGGCUGGCCGAGCUGCACACCGAGGUGGAGCUGCUGCGCUCGCUCUUCUACAGAGCUGUGGCCCUGUACCUGAAGGGCAACGACGUGACCAAGCUGGCGUCCAUGGCUAAACUGAAGGGAGGGCGGCUGGCCCGAGAGGUGGCCGACAGCUGCCUGCAGUUCUGGGGAGGGAUGGGCUACACCAGCGAUGUCCUGGUCAGUCGCUUCUACAGAGAUGCUCGACUGAUGUCCAUAGGAGGAGGGGCCGAUGAGGUCAUGCUGGGAAUCAUCUGCAAGUACAUGGACACUCUGCCUAAGAAGUGACCAGGACAGUCAGGCGUCAGCCUUGGGUCAGCUGCCAACGCAAGUGCACUUCGUAACUUUGAUGAUUUUUAUUGACUAAUUUUGAAGACUCAGAUAAAAAAAAAAUCCCUGGAGCUGUUGUAUGAUUCACCGGUGCUAAAACAUGAGACUGAGUCCGUCAUGAAUAGGGCUGGGUAAUAUUUUGGAAAUAGCUUUGAAACUACUCACUGGGGCUGAGCAAUCUGCCCAAAACUAUCAGAGUUGUGUGCGCAUAUUGAACAAUCCAGAUUAUCCAGAUUUGAUUUGUCCUUAUUAAAACAAAUAAAAUGU